AUGGGGAAACUGAGUCAUUGGAACUACAAUAGUACAGCAUCGACGGUGAAGCCUCAAGGUUUGAUUGCGCAAGAAGAGCACAUUGCUUUGGAAGGGAGCGCGGUCGUGGUGGCAUGUCUGCUACCAACGGAUCGUAUUGUUACCCAGGGUAAUUUGGCAGGCAUGUCCGGUAGUGGACCUCCAACUGGAAUUUGCAGAGGCGUAAUGUCAAAAGCAGUCAUAUCAUCUUCACCACCUCCUUCAUCAUCAUAAUUAAUGAUGUUUUCGCGCACAUCAUCAUCUGGACCAGGAUAUUUAAUGUGUGCUUCUCUCCUUCGAUUGUAGACAACAAACACCAGGACCAGAACUAAAAAAGAAAAUAUUAUUGAAUAUCUUCCCAAUUAAGUUUAUAUAUUUAAAGAAAUUCAGUUAUUUUUAUAAAUUUUUAAGAAUUUAGUUCCAUAUCAUUGUAAAUCAAAAUAUUCUCUACAAAUGUAAAUACAACUAAGAAGAAAAAAGUAAUUUUGAAUGUCACCUGCUAAUGGUUUAACAUGCAAUACAACAGGGAAUAAAGAAAGUUUUG